AUGGCUCCGAAGAAGGGUCCCUCUACUUCAUCUGAGAAGGUCCCACCCGAGCGUUCCACCCGCCAGCUUCCUCUGCGUACCAAUGGCCGUAGUGCUCACAUGCGUGGCCGCGUCGCCGACCCACCCGAAUCUGCGGUAGACUCGGAAGUCCAACAGCAGUCGGGCUCUCGGUCGAAGCCUGUUCCGCGCCCAAGGCAGGCCACAGGUACGGGACUGUCGCUUCUCGAGCGCGUAGAGAAACGCGCUGAGGCCGUCCGCGACUCUCUGUGGGGCAAAGGACGGCGAAAGUCGUGUGGCGAUUCCUCGCGUUCCUCUGAUAAGGAGGACCUCGGUUCUUCCCAUGGUGCUCCCCCACCGUCGUCUGAUGCGGGAGAUGAUGACGCCGAGGGUGAGGACGACGCCGAGGGUGAGGACGACACCGAGGGUGAGGACGACGCCGAGGGUGAGGACGACGCCGAGGGUGAGGACGACGCCGAGGGUGAGGACAACGAGGCCGGUGAGGAGGAAGACGGAUCCGAAGGAGGGGCUAUGGACGUCGUUGUCAAACCGGACCCUGACGCACCGCAGUCUCAGUCUUCUUCAGGUGCGCAGGCGGCAGAAGUUGUUGCCCCAUCAGACGACGAAGAUGCUAGGGAGGCGGACGCCCAGUUGACCGAGCCUGCAAACGGUGGACGCCGCUUGCGACCGAGGACCUCGUUGCAAGCACAAGCAGCAGAGGAGGACAGCUCCGGCGAUGGCGCCGACAGUGAUGAGUAUGACUCUGCACAAGCGUCUCACUCCAGCGAGUCGGAAGACACUGCGGAUGGGGCCGACGCAUCGGAUGCAGAACCCACCCGUCCCUCAAAACGCCCCUCUGCACCGAAGCCGCCGCGCCAGAAGCGCGCCCUCCCAGACGACGUUGAACCGGCGGGGACAUCAAAACCGCCUAAACCUCCGAAGUCACCGCACCCCCAACUGGUCGACGCGCCUGUCCCUUCAGGGGGCAAUGAGCGCCCUUCUACACCUUCGCAACCUUCUCCUUCCACGCCACCCCCUCCGUAUCAGCCUCCUGCCAAGACAGGCAAGAACAAGGGGAAGGCCAAGGCCAAGGCCAAGGCUUUCGACCAGUCCACUAAGACUGGUCGGUGGUCGAAAGCCGAGCUCGAACGUCUUAGUGCAUUCAAGGAGCGAUGGGAGGAUGGCCUCGACGAGCUGGUCGAUGACCUCGGUCGAUCUCGAUCUUCUAUUGGGGUUGCUCUAGGCCUGAGCUUCACUCAGUAUCGCGCGGAGAGCAUGUGGAACAAGCACCAGUGCUGGUGGUGGCGAGAGCGACGCGAUGAAGCAGAUCCAUUACAUGUCGCUCGCCUUAAGUGUUCCGCCGACUUUUGGGACCGGGUGCAGCAGUCUUCGUCCACGGAGCUGCAGUCUGAUACCUCCACGGUGGAGGAGGCCAGCCUGGCGCUCGACCCUGAGCACGCGGUCUGGGCUCCCAUCGUCGCCCACUGGGACGACCUUCGUGAUCCUCAGAACAUGUCUGUCGAUCAGCACAUGACCGUCAUGAACCAGUGUGUUACAGAGUUCAGCAAGGCUGCUGAAUUAUACCACCGACUGUAUGGAAUCUAUGUCGGUGGGUUCGUCGUCACCCUCACCGACGACGCCACUCCCAGAUGCCUUAACCAGGCUUGGGGUGGCUGCGAUGUCGUCAACGAGCUUAUCGAAGCCAAGGAUGCCAACGUGAAGGGUUGGAUUCGUUACGCGGAGAUCCUCAUAUCCGCAAAGCUUAUGGGCCUCGACAUCAAUAUCGCACCACCGUCCACUCAGCCGGCUACCGUGAAGCUUACCGCUAUGGAGCGCCUCAAGCAAAAUGUCCUCAAGUCGUACAAUCCGAAGGAGGGGACUCGGGACCGGUUGCGCCGUAUUGUCGGCAUUCAGCACAAGUAUCUACUUGCCGAACACAACGUCCUUUUUAAUGAUCCCGGCGACCCCGCGUCCCACGGCAGGCAGAAGUUUGACUGGAGGGGCUACCCGGAUGUCCUAUGUCAGAACAAGCUGAAGAUGAUCUACUGGCCUGACGACACUCCCCUUCCCGGGGCUUAUAUACCGGGCGAUCUCAAUGUCGGCGACCUCGUGCCUGUCGUCUGCCCCUGGAUGAUGCAGCUGUAUGAGCAGUGGCAUGCCGAGACCCCCGACUUGGUUCCUGAGUAUGACGGACCCGAGUGCUCGAUCACGACGGCGAUACGUGUGGUUCGCAUGGAUGCAGCCGAAUGUUAUGCCUUGUCGUGCAAUGACGACGACAAGGUUCCUCUCAUCGUCGGUCAGAACGAUGAUGUCCUUAUGUGGGCGAACAAAGCCCUCUCCUCCAAGGGUCGCAAACGCUCCAAGCAAGAUGAGGACUUCAUCGUCGCCGAUGAUGUCGACGUGGAGCCUGUCAAGAAGAAAAGGAGCGGGGGGAAAGUCCACCAAGCUAAGCAGGGUGCACGGGCGAAAAAGGCCGGCCAGCCCUCGACCUCCGAGGUUGUUGCGCCGGCAUUGCCAGCACGUCGUACCAUCGAGGCCAUUCCUCGCGCUUCCAGCUCUGUCGUCCCCUCGUCGGUUUCUCCCCCUCUGCGCGAGCCCCGCUCCAUUAUCCCGGGCCGGAAGAGCCCACGGCCCAACGUAUCCCCGCAACCUCAUGCUUCCGGCUCUGUCGUGCCUUCCUCGGUGUCACCUUCCCCGCUGAAGCUCCCCGUGAAGCUGGUUGCCGCUGUCCGGGAAAUGGAUCGUGAGGAGGCUCGUUCCGGGCAGGCCAAGACCCACCGCACGUACCAUGCCGCGCGCGGUCGCUCCCCGUCGCCAAGCAAUGGACGAUCCCAUCGCGACCGACGUUCUGCCAGCCCACGUGAGAACAACUACGCUAGGCGCGGACGUGAGUCACCUGCACCGUCCCAUGACCGCGUCGCUCGGUCGUAUUAUCGUUCGCCAUCACCACGCCGUCAUCGUCAAAUCGAAGAUCGACAAUUCUCCCCGGCACGUUCUCACCGGAGUGGUCGUGAAGACCGCGUCCCGUCCCUGUCGCCUCCUCGUUCCUACAAGUCCUCUCGCAACUGUCAUUCCCGCUCCCCCGUACGUAGUGGCGGUGCUAAUGGGGUGUCAUGGCACUCUCGUCGUGAACUCGGUGAUGGCGGGACUUACCCUCAUUCGUACGAUCGGCGCUAUCGUUCGCGAUCACGAACACCUCGGCCCCGGAAAUAUUCCCCAAUGAGCAUACCAGGGUUGAUUCGCCGCCCCCACCGCGCCGCCGUGAUUCCCGUGAGUCCAUGCGGGCAAGGGAAUAUAGUCCGGAUGUGCUGGUUCACUUACAGAUGUCGAAAUGAGUCUACCACUUAUAAAGACAAGCCAAUGGUGAUCCCCCUUACUAACACAGUAUGGUUCAUCUGGUUAUCCAUAUCACUAAGAAUAUCCAUCACACUAUUUAAGAGGGUACCAGAUAUCUGCGACACUCAUGCAGUUGCACUUCAGAGUGCAUGUGGAUAUCCAAUGCCGGGCCUGGACAUCCACCUGUUCAACAUGGUGGAAGGUAGACAUACAGGUGGAUUUUCAUUUGCCUGUGGAUAUCCAAGUGGUUAUCUCAAGAGUCUUUGA